AUGUCUGCAUACUACCACUACAACGCCCACCCCGCGCACCCUACUCCCGUGUCGCACAACCACCAUGGCGGCCGAAAUCGCAGAGCCCCCCGCCUGUCCGUCUCCCAGAAUGCGCAGCGCCAGUUCCGAGGUGUCCGCAGCAUGAAGGAGCUCAACGAGUCGGCAUCACUGUCUGCCUUCCGCAACAAGUUUGAGACAAGUCGAUCCUUUGAUCUCGAAGACGACAUGGAGUUUUGCCCUGGUCUGUUGACCGAGAGCGACUUGGUCUCCAUCUCCAGUUCAUCUGAGCGAUCCUCACUAGCCAGCAACUCUCCCGACUCUUCCCCUACGCAACACGUCAACACUGUUGCUCCUGGCUUCUCACUCAACUCGUCCUCCCCCGCCUUCAUCCCUCCUAGCUACCACCAACAGUCCAGCCUCAAGCUCCACCAACCCUCGGCCACUCGCGGCCGUAAUGCCAUUCCCAUUAUCAACCCAGCCACCGGCAUCACCAUGUCGAGCCCUCCCCAAUCCGUGUCACCCGGACGGAUGCAACAGCCG